AUCCAUUUAACGGAAAUGACGCAACGACUACGUCUAACCGUCGGACCCCGCCUGGACUCCAUGUAUGUGCGGCUGCGUUUGUCGCCUUGUUUCCCUCUCUAGUUUACUCCAUCUCCCACCUCUGCUCACCUCCAGAGCCAGCAGCAGAAUGGCAGCGGCGGCGCCCAACCCGGAGGACUCCGCCAGGAGUGGCAGCAACAGCGGCGGCGGCAGCACCAGCAGCAGCACUCCCAGCGGGCUAGCUGGAGACGGUGACGCGGAAGAGGCCGAGGACUUCACCUCCUCUUCCCACUGCUCAGAGCUCUCUCGGCGGCAGAACGAACAGAGAAAGCAGGGCUUGUUUUGCGACGUGACGCUGGCCUUCAGCAGCGGGGCGGCUACCGGAAGCGUCCAGAGCUGCGAGUUUUCGGCCCACAGGUCUGUGCUGGCUGCAGCCACCGACUAUUUCACCCCGCUGCUGGGGGGGCAGUUCUCCGAGUCCCUAUCCGGGCGGGUGGAGAUGAAGGAAUGGAGCUCAGAGCUGGGGCCGGACCCGGAGACAGUGGAGAGUGUCAUCCAGUACAUGUACACUGGAGAAAUACGCGUUAGCACCUGCAAUGUACAUGAGGUGCUGGAACUGGCAGACAGGUUCUUGCUGCUGCAGCUCAAAGAUUUCUGUGGUGAGUUCCUGAAGAAGAAGCUGAGUCUAACCAACUGUGUGGCAGUGCACAGUCUAGCUCACAUGUACACCUUGGACCAGCUGGCUUUGCGAGCCGCAGACAUGAUUCGCCGCAAUUUCCACAAGGUUAUCCAGGAUGAGGAGUUCUACACGCUCCCCUUUCACCUGGUCCGUGACUGGCUGUCGGAUGCGGAGAUCACUGUUGAUUCAGAGGAGGUGCUGUUUGAGGCUGUUGUGAAGUGGGUGCAGAAGAACACAGAAGAGCGAAGUCGCUACUUUGAGGAACUGUUUCGUCUCCUCAGGCUUCCCCAGAUAAAGCCCACCUACCUGGCCAGGGUGGUGAAAAAUGAACGACUCGUGGCCUCAAACGAAGCCUGCCUCCGGCUGGUGUCAGAGGCUGUAGAGGGCCACGCCAUUCGCUUUGAGAACCUCAAGUCAGCAGAUAUGGAAUUCUGGUCUUCGCACAUGGCCUCCUUUCAGCCUCGGUUUGGCCAGAACAUGGACGUUAUCAUGGUGGUGGGUGGGGUGUCAGAGGGUGGGGACUAUCUGAGCGAGUGUGUGGGCUACUUUAUCUAUGAGGAUCGCUGGGUGAACCUCCCCCACAUCCACAACCACUUGGACGGUCAUGCCAUCGCCACCACAGAGUCCCAUGUCUACGUAGCUGGGUCAAUGGAGCCAGGCUUUGCUAAGACGGUGGAACGUUACAAUCCCAACCGCAACACAUGGGAGCAGGUUAGCAACUUGACCACACGCAAGCACUCUUUUGGGCUAACAUGUAUUAAAGAUAUCCUGUACAGCAUUGGUGGACAUGGGAACUUCAGUCCAGGUUUCAAAGAUGUUAGUGUGUAUGAGCCUGAGCAGGACAAGUGGCACAAUCUGGAAUCUGCUCCUAAGAUUCUGCGAGAUGUAAAGGCGGUGAGCGUAGAGGAUCGCUUUGUCUACGUGACGGCACGGACACCUGUGGAUUCAGAUAAUGACGAUGGACUGAAGACGGUGACCACUCGCUAUGACACAGAAAGCCGCCAAUGGCAGGAUGUCGACUCCUUGCCACUUAUUGACAACUAUUGCAUCUUUCAGAUGGCUGUAGCUUCAACUAACUUCUACCACACAGCUUCUUGCUGCCCUAAGAGUUACUCAGUGCGGGAUGAGGUUGCCAGGCAGAAGAUAAGUGUGCGCAUCUCUGAUGAGAUCCUGGAGAGCCUGCCACCAGAAGUAACCAGCAUAGAGGGCGCUGCUAUCUGCCACUUUGAUGAGGACGUCUUCAUCAUUGGAGGCUGGAAGAACAGCGACGAUGUUGACAAGCAGUACCGCAAAGAGGCCUACCGCUACUGCGCAGAGAGGAAGCGUUGGAUGCUGCUGCCGCCCAUGCCUCAGCCCCGUUGCCGGGCAACCGCCUGCCACGUCCGCAUCCCAUACCGCUUUCUGUACGGCUGUCAGCGGUACCCCAUGCCCCAGAACCUGGCUCGCCAGCGAGACCGCAUGCAGCAGAUGCAGCAGCUCCACAGGCGCACCCUUACCCUGCGUCGACAGCUCCAGUCGCAGAUCGAAUGCUGAACGAGUCGGCUCCAUCUAAGAACCCUGCGGCAGCAUCUAAAGGUUUACAACAUCGUCCAUGCGUAACACACUGCAACUGUGAAUGUUGUGUUGCGCUCAUUCUGGUUUUCACUCAUCUAAGCUGCGUGGCAUAAGCUCUAAUGUUGUUUUAAUCGCUGACUUAAAGCCAUGAUAUGUGUAUGCAGGUACAUUCUCACUGGGAAGAAGUCAUUCCGACUAUGUUGCAGGUGUACAAAUUUAUAAGUGUUUUUCAGCAGCCAAAAUACUAAGUAUGCUUUAGUAAUUAAUGUUGAUAAAGAUGCUGUUUAUCUAUUUGUAUAGUAUAAAGCUGUAUAUGUCUGAAUUGAUAAUUGACAUUCCUUUAUUGUAUAUGCCUGUACAGGCAAGAAUAUGUGACAUUAGUAAUAAUAUUAGUAAUGCAUUCCUACUUUCUUAACAAAGUCCCUUCAUUCCUUCCUAACACUGUGACAAUCCCUUCAUAAAAAGUCUAACUUACUGAAAAUAGGCCGUUUGUUACAUUACACCUUCAAUGUCGACUGUGAAUAUAACAUUUAGGCUGUGGCCUUUCUGGAUUGGCCAGAAAGGCUUUUCAUUGUAAAAUCUUCUAGACUAGUCUCCCUGCUUGUCCUUGACAGCUGUAGUGUAUUUUGGUCAUUUAUGUACAUGUAAUGCUUUAACAGUUUUUUAAAGAGAUAAUAUGAUGUGCAGGCUCUAGUAACAUGUAAGAUGCAACAACAUUUACCUUUUCUUUAUGCAUUACAUUUAACUUUUUUUUUUUUUUUGCCUCUGCACCAAAGUCAAUGGCAAUGGCUGAGUCAUUCCUUUCUUUUGCACGUAUAAAAUCUAUCAACAUACUAUUAUUUCAAGAAAUAAAUGUAAAAAAUGUUUAUACGUAUGAAUGGAAGACUGCAAGGAAAUGUGUCCGCACAGGGUUUGGUUAUUGUUUUGCAAAAAUGGAUAAGGUUUCUCCUGGGAUACUUUUUUUUAGCAUCUUAUUGUUUUUAAAGUCUUAAAGGUGUUUCUGCUCCUUGACUUUGCAUUUUUCAGUUGUGUCAUAUCAGACAAGGUGAUUGUAUUUUGGAAAUACCUUUUUUUUUUUUUUUACACCACAUUCCAGCAAGUCAGUUUUGACCUUUUAAACAAACAUGAUAUCACUAUGGACAUAAUUGUUUCAAGCAUAAUAUAUCUCUAAAAAUGAUUUAUUAUACUUAAUUUUGACUUAGGUGUAUUUUGGACAUGUUAUAUAUUUAUAUAUUGUCUCCUGUUGCCCACCAAAGAGACUUAGAGAUGUAAUAAAAAGGAAACAAACUUAAAGACAGAAAAAAGGGAAUGCUAUGAAUCUGUUGUGACUGACAUUCAGAAGCUGUGCAGCAUCAAGGUUAGAGAGCGCAGAAAUGAUAUUCAUUUCCACUUUAUGACCAAUAUAAAUAGCACUGCAGAUCUUAACUGAAAUAAGCUAUGUAUUUGCUUUGCAUGGGAUAGUCUUUGUGUCCUUAUAUUUUGAUGUAAGAAGUACUAAUGGCAUCACUUGCAAUUAAAGCUGUUUUGUUAGAUAAAUGUA